AUGGAGAGAACGGAAAGGACGGACAAGACGGAAAGGACGCUCAGCUCCACCCCGCUGAAGCCACCGAAGUUUGCAUCAUCUGCCCACCCGGACCAGCUGGACCCCAAGGACCACCCGGACCCAAGGGACCACCCGGACCAAAGGGAUCUCCCGGAGAGCCACCCAAGGACGGAGUUCCCGGCGAACAAGGAAUGCAAGGCCAGCCUGGUCCAGUCGGACGUCCAGGACGCGAAGGACCACGUGGAGCCCCCGGACAGCCCGGUCGUCUCAUCCCCGUUCCCGGCCCACAAGGACCAGCUGGACCUCCCGGACCAGCCGGAGAACAAGGACCAAAGGGACAACCCGGACCCGACGGACAGUCCUUCCAAGGACCACCCGGUCUCCCCGGAGAGCCAGGAAAGGCCGGACGCGAGGGUCGCCCCGGACCUCCCGGCCCAGCCGGUCCAUCCGGAGAGGACGGAGAGAAGGGUUCUUGCGAACACUGCCCACCCCCACGUACCCCUCCAGGAUACUAAAUCCGCCCAUGCUGAACAAGUUGGAGAACAUCUCACAAUUCAUCUUCUUCGUUUUACUGAUGUCCGCGACACACCAUCAACACCACCAUCUUCACGCUUCGCAUCCAUCGCGAAGCUGAUCCCACUGCUGCUGCUCCCCGUCACACUCAGCGACGCAACAAGACCGCGUCGUUGUUAA